UCUUGUCAGUUUUGUUUUGGUUUCUGUAUGGUUAAGAGGGACUCCUGCUAAAAUCCCAGUUUAUCGAGAUUCUGUGGAGUUUUAAGUGAUUUUGAGGUGUUUAGGGUGUGUGGGAGGAGUUGCUGGACUAAUGGUAAAGAUGCCAUCGAUAAAGAAUGAAGGAGAGAGUGAUGGUGAUGGAGAUAUGUCCGGAGCGGAAUCUGAACAUUCUGGCUCAAGCCGCGCCCCUGAUAGGGACUCCAGUGCCGAGGAAGCUGAUGAGCCAGACUCAGAUGACUCCUCCGAGAUGGACGAGAGUGAAUGUGAGCGCAGGCGAACGGAUUGCAUUGAUAAUUUAGCCAAUCUCGAGCGUCAAUUUGCCAUUCUGAGAGAUCAACUCUAUCGAGAAAAGAUCCAGCAAGUCGAUAUGCAAUUGUCUGAACUGCGCGGGGGACGAUCCCAGGAGUACCUGCUACCUCUCCAGAGACUCAAUGAGAACAUGAGGAUCCGGACCGAGGUGGCUGGUAUUCUGAAGCAGUAUCGUUUGGAAAAUAUAAGGAAUAAAUUUGUUUCUGAGGAACAAGCUGCCAGGCAGCACUACGAGAGUGAAAAGCAUUUGGCCACGGAUGCCAUUUAUGAGGAAUUGAUGGAGAAAAUCCGGAGGCUCGAGGAGGAUAGGCACAAUGUCGAUAUAUCAUGGGCGGAUUGGGGUACAAGUCAGAGAACGAGCAAGGUAAGAGGACCUGGGAGGAAAAAGGCAAUAACAGUUUCCGGGCCCUAUAUCGUCUACAUGCUGACCGAUGAGGACAUCAUGGAGGAUUGGACUGCAAUUAGAAAAGCCAUCAAGAGAUCAUCUGCAGCUGCCACCUGAUAUUUCUAGCACAAACCCUAAAGUUGCCGAAUAAAUCUAUCGAAUUACUGUAAAAAGAUUACUAUUUUCUAUAGGGUUACAGAAAUAAAAUUUUAAUGAAGAAAAA